ACCAUUCUUUUUAUCCCAACUCUUUCUUAACUUCUCUGGCAAUACCAUGACUUCACUAUCAUCGUCUCCCUCUUUAGUCUUUACAGUCCGAAGGCGCCAACCGGAGCUGGUGGCUCCAGCUACGCCCACUCCCCGCGAAGUUAAACUAUUAUCUGACAUAGAUGAUCAAGAAGGGUUGCGUUUCCAUAUUCCAUUCUUUCAUAUUUAUCAACACAAGCCAUCUAUGGAAGGAAAAGACCCAGUUAGGAUUAUAAGAGAUGCACUCUCGAGAACACUUGUGUUUUACUACCCAUUUGCCGGCAGGAUCAGGGAAGGUCAUGGCCGCAAGUUGAUGGUGGAUUGUACCGAGGAGGGUGUCUUGUUUAUUGAGGCAGAUGCUGACGUAACACUUGAUCAACUUCGUGGCUCUCUUCAUCCUCCAUUCCCAUGCUCCCAAGAACUCCUUUAUAAUGUUCCAGGCUCCGAUGGAAUUGUCAACUGCCCCCUUCUACUCAUACAGGUCACACGCUUUAAGUGCGGUGGUUUCAUUUUUGCCAUACGGGUGAACCACACCAUGGUGGAUGGAACUGGUCUAGUACAAUUUGUGAGUGCUUUAACCGAAAUGGCUCAAGGUGCUCAUCAACCUUCCAUUCUGCCUGUAUGGCAAAGGGAGCUCCUACUUGCAAGGAACCCACCACAAAUCACAUGCAACCAUCGCGAAUAUGAGCAACUUCCAAAUACCAAAGAAGGGACCAUCAUUUCUUAUGAUGAGAACGAUAUGGUUCAACGCUCCUUCUUUUUUGGACCAACUGAAAUAGCUUUCCUUCGUCGUUUGGUUCCACGUCACCUUGGCCAAUGCACUCGAUUUGAGCUUAUAACUGCAUGCUUAUGGCGUUGCCGUACAAAAGCAUUGCAACUUGCACCAGAAGAUGAUGUUCGCAUGAUGUGCAUCGUGAAUGCACGCGCUAGGUUUAACCCUAAUAUACCCCUUGGUUAUUACGGAAAUGCUUUUGCUUAUCCGGCAGCAGUUGCCAGUGUAAGGAAGCUUUGUGAAAAUCCGUUUGGUUAUGCCGUAGAGUUAAUAAAGAAAGUAAAAGCUGAGGUGACAGAAGAGUACGUACGUUCAGUGGCAGAUCUAAUGGUUACAAAAGAACGACCCUUAUUUACAACCGUAGGAUCUUGCAUCGUGUCAAACUUGACACGUUUUGGGUUAAAAGAAGCGGAUUUUGGAUGGGGCAAAGCAUUAUAUGCUGGUGUGUCUCAAGGUGGAGCUGGGCCGGCUUUUCAUGGAGCAACUUUUUUUAUGAAUUAUGAAAAUGAAAAAGGAGAAAAAGGUGUAUUAUUUCCAAUUUACUUGCCUUCCAACGCUAUGGAGAGAUUUGAGAAAGAGUUGGGUGAUUUUCUUGGUGGAGACUUUAAUAAUAAUCAGCCUACAAAGAGUGAUGAAAUUCCUAUGUUUAUGAGGUCUACCUUGUAGCUUGUGAACAUUAUAAAAUAAUAAAUGCCGUCAACUUCUAUUAUAUAUGUAUAUUAAUUAAGAAGCUUGGUCCUUACUUAUAUAUGGGGGAAAUGUAUGUAAUGCAGCAUUUUGAUAGUGUUGCGUUGUGUUUCUUGCUUUAAUAAGCACUCUCAUGCAUUG